AUCAAAUUUUUUUUAUUUUUGCUAUUGAGCUAACACAAAGGAUCAAACUGUCAAAUCAGGCUCAAAUCAGAGAUUUUACUCAGUAUCAAGCUUUACUAAUAGUUUCAAGGAUACCAGUAAUCCCCAGGUCUUUAUUCUUGCUUUGGAUGCAUCCUGGCCCAGGAUAGUAGAUGUGGUUUCUAAAUCAAGUGUACAGUCACCCCACUUACACAGAAGCAGCCAACUCAGUUACAAAACACUUCCAUUUCAUGCUACGUUACAUAACUUCCGCGGUAUUUUCCAGUUAAUCAUACCCCUGAAAUCCACAUUGAUUCUUUUUUGUUUUGUGAGGGGAGUCUCAUUCUGUUGACCAGGAUGGAGGGCAGUGGCGCGAUCUCUGCUCACUGCAACCUCUGCCUCUCCAGUGCAAGCGAUUCUCCUGCCUCAGCCUCCCGAGUAGCUGGUAUUACAAGCGUUUGCCACCACACCCAGCUAAUUUUUGUAGUUUUGGUAGAGACGGGGUUUUGCCAUGUUGGCCAGGCUGGUAACUCCUGACCUCAAGUGAUCCGCCUGCCUCAGCCUCCCAAAGCACUGGAAUUACCACAUCGAUUCUUAAUGUGUUUACCAUAAACAAUCCCAGCCCUGGGACAUCUUGCUAGAGGAAUUCUGUAAAUAUGGACUCUCCUGCUAGCAAAUUCCAUUAGUUUGUUUGCCAGGAGGCCUGUAAUUACUAUAUACUUUAUAGUUUAUAAAAAUCACAUGCUUGUUUGUUUGCUUGCUUUCCUGAGAGUAUUUCCCAAUGAAGGGAGAGACUGGAUUGCAGAUCUUCUGCUUAACUCCUUCUUUCUCAGUCACUGAUAGAUGAAAAAUGGUAUUUCCUUGUUUACUUUUACAUUUUAAGUAAUGUUGAACAUUUAGCAACAAAAUAUUGAAAGCUAGAAGAUGAAUCAAGAGGCAAUUGCAUUAGCAGACUUGAAAAGUAGGAAUCCCAAGCAGGCCAUGAAGCAACCUGAUACACACAGUGAAACCCUGCAUAAGGCUCAGGAAUUGGAAGCGGCAGGUAAAGCUGAAGAGAGCAUGAUGUGAGCUAUAAAUAUAGGCGGAAUGGUAGGAAGUCUGUUUAAGAAUGAAUCAGAUGCUCAGAUUCCCUUUGCUAUCCCAUCAAAAGACCAGAGAUUUAGUCUUGGAAGACAGCAAAAAGCUGAUUCUCUAGCUAGGAGGACAGCAGGCCCUCUUAAGGAUGAAGGUGUCAUGUUGAAAAAGGGGAAAAGAAAAUUAGAGGACUAACAUCUGAAUAACUGAAGCUCACUAAAAAAGAAAAUGGAGGAAAUAACUAACUCAAGUUGCUUGGAGUUCUGACUCUAAGCUCAGUGCUAUUAUAAUCUUUUAGGCUUACUGGUAUAUUUGAUUCAUGUUAACUGUAAAAUGACAUUUUCCAAGUUUCACAAAUAUUGGGGAUAGUCAAAGGGACUUUGUUCAGGUGAUUAAAGGGUGGGGCUUGCAUUACCCCUCUCCUAAGUGAUCAUUCCAAAAUGACUGGCAGGACUAAAGAAUUAUGGUUAAAAAACAAAAAAACCUAAAGAAUGGAUUAUCUAUAAAAGCUAUGCAAUGACAUGCCUGUUAGAGCUCACUGACCACAUCUUAAGUUGUCUAUGUAUAAGAGAUGAAGCUAUAACUAGCUAAAGCUCUAAUUGGUCAAGGCACUAAAGUCAGAAAAUACCCCAUAACAUGCAAAUAUACAGACAUAACAUCAACUGUAAGUGCUGGGCACAGCUGCUCGUGCCUGUAAUCCCAGCUACUUGGGAGGCAGAGGCAGGAAGAUCACUUUAGCCCAGGAGUUCAGAGCUGCUGUGAGGUAUGAUUGUGUCACCGCACUCCAGCCUGGGGGAAGAAGUGAGACCUCAUCUCAAAAAAAAAAAAAAAAAAAUCAGCUGUAGAAAAAAAAAUAAUGUCGGGGUUACCUGUGGAGUCUGGGGGUAGACCCACUAUCACACCUAGAUAGGGAUACAAACCAUGAGAGGCUUCUCUUCUAAGUGGGCCGUUUCAGUCCAAGUCAGCAACUUGGACUGAAUAAACACAGGCAACUGAGUUUAGCAUUAAGCUUUCAUAACCUUCAACUGACAACUCAACGGCUGUUUCUAAAUCUCAGACCAUUUAAAUCAGAAUCUAGGUAGCACGUAGGCACCUACGUAGUUUUAAAAGCUUUCCAAGUAAUUCAACUCCAAGUGAAUCAGAGUGGAGCAUCAUUGCCUUAGUCAUGGCAUCUUUCAAAUUCGUUAGUACAUUUCUACAUAAAAAUAAACAUCAAACAAAAGAAGAACAACUUUUGGGUAAGAGGUUGUCUAUCUUUUCCUUUAGUGUCCGCAGAUCUUUCCUCCUGCUGUUUUCUUGUCUACUCUUGUUCUUGAACACCCCCUCUUAUUUUUAUAUCUUUAGAAAGUGCCUGGCACAGUACUUCGGACAGUUAAAAUACUGUAUCGACAAAGGACCCAUAGAUACUGUAUUAAUUUUAAAAGACGUGUAGUGAAUAUGAUUCAAUGAGUAAAAUAAUCAAACUGGGGCGUGGGAGGAAUGGAUAAUAAAACAAAUAAGAGAACGGAAAAACAAAAUUAGGAAUUGUUUCUGGUAGCCAGCUACUGAGGGCGUGAUCUAAACAUGAUACCAAAUUGGGCGGAGGGGGAGGGAGUGAGGGAGGAAUGGGCAGAGUGGCGGAAUGGCCUGGCGAGGGCGAUUUCCUGAAGGCUUACAGGUUACAACUAAGGGAUACCGCGAAAAGAACACCGAGCCCUCGUCCCGUAUCUAUCUAAACUAGCCGUGUAACUUUAAGUCAAUCUCCUCUCUGAACCAGAUAUUCCUCCCAUCUAAAGGGAGGAGCCUGGCCUUAACAUCUCUUUCCAAGUCUAGCUCUAAUUCUGUAAACAGGGGAUCAAACAGAUCUCCUUUCUUCAGAAAAGGCCCCGGACGAACCCGAAGCAGGUCCUCGAGCUGCGAGCCACCCUCCACUUGCCACUCAACGUAGUAGCCAGAGGGACGGAUGUGGCACAAAGAACCACCUUCUUUCUAAACGCCUCAUCACCCCAGCCACGCACUCAGGCGCGGCGCCCCGUCCCGAGCGGUUCUCGGAAGUUUCCCACUCCUCCCCUAAUCGCCCUCGACGCACGCCGGAUCGCGACCGGAACGUGGAGAACCAGUGGUUGUUCCUCCCCUAAAGCACAGCAUAAGUUUGGAGAGCUGCAUCUAAACUGAGUGUGGGUCCGGGCUCCUUUAGGUGAAGAGCGCUCGGCGGAUCGACUUCCUCGAUUAUCUCCGUGGCCUGGACCCGCCCCCUCCGCCUGGCGCCAGGCCGCCGAGCGCCGAUCGGCUCGAUGAGCGGAGGCGCUGUUGCUGCGCUGCGGCCGACGCCGGGUUCGCACCAGCUGUCUCCCACUCCCAUCUUUUUACCUCGGCUUCCCACUCCUUCCCCCGCCCGCCCAGCACCGCCAGCCCGGGAGAGCUGCCGGGAGUUCCCCGGGAGCCUCAGGCGGUGACUAUCCUGUUGAGAAGCAGAAAAUACUUCGCAAGUAAAAAAUAUGCCUCCCAAGUUUAAGCGCCACCUCAAUGAUGAUGAUGUCACGGGUUCUGUGAAAAGUGAAAGGAGAAAUCUUUUGGAAGAUGAUUCAGAUGAAGAAGAGGACUUUUUUCUAAGGGGACCAUCUGGACCAAGAUUUGGACCUAGAAAUGAUAAAAUUAAGCAUGUUCAGAAUCAAGUGGAUGAAGUUAUUGAUGUCAUGCAAGAAAAUAUUACAAAGGUAAUUGAGAGAGGGGAGAGACUAGAUGAACUACAGGACAAAUCAGAAAGCUUAUCGGAUAAUGCAACAGCUUUUAGCAACAGAUCCAAACAACUUCGAAGGCAAAUGUGGUGGCGUGGAUGCAAAAUAAAAGCCAUCAUGGCUUUGGUUGCUGCUAUCCUUUUGCUAGUGAUUAUCAUUCUUAUAGUCAUGAAAUACCAUACUUGAUUUGAUGACAGAGAUCUUCAUUAAACAAGAUCUGGGACAGUAAUAAAAGAUUGCUGCAUAAUUUAAAUGAAACUUAUGUGUAUAUAACUUUCAAAACUUCUUUUUCAAGAAACUAAGAGGCAAGUAUCACUUCAAAUUGGAACGUUGAGAAUGUCCAAUUAUCUUCUCCCCUUCUAACAAAAUGUUCUUUUAAUGAUUACGUUUAAGGCAAAGAGAACUAGCCUCUAUUUUUCCAUAUUUCAAGGAUCUAAUUUGAAACUAGAUACUUGCCAGUUCAUUAUUUGUGUAUAUAGUUAAACACUGAUUAUAAUAUUUCAUACUAAUAUUUUAAUGGCAUAAGGACUUGCAUUAUUGCAUUAGGGAGUGGGUCAUGCUGGGGCUCAGGAAGCCUGUAUAGACUACCAAAUUAUAUGCUGAAAGAGAUGCAUAACCAUUCUUUCAAUAUUUGCAGAAAUAUAGUUCCUUUCAUAUUACAGUUGUUUUGCAAGCAAUUUCCACAUUUAUAGGUGUAACAAAAGCUAAAUGUUGUAAAUGUUGUUGCCUUCAGCUAUAACUAAAAACAUUCCAGUAAAUAAUUUUUGACUGUGUAAGAGAAUGUGUAGUAAUUUUUUUGGCAUUUGGAUUAUGGAAAUGGAAAUUUUUAAACAGUGUGAAAAAACAUGGUAUGGCACCAUAAAACUGGAGAUAAUAAAGUUAUUGAAGAGUGUCGUUGAAGUAUUUGAAAAUGACCAGUAUAUAGCUGCCAGUCAUGGUCCAGUCUGUUUUCAGUUAAACUCCAAUAAAGAGAGACCAGUCAGUCCUAAUGUGAGUAAAUGAAAUUUACAGGUAACUUACUCCUUAAUUUUAUUUUAGUUAAUAGCCUCUAACUUCCAACUAUCUCAUUUACCAAAAGUACGAAAAGUAGCAAAACCAUCUAUUAAUACUUUCAAUUUUAUAUCUUUGCAUUUCCUGUUCAUCCUUGAGGAGACGUAUGUUGCACAAUCAAAUUUUGCAUCAGCCAACAGUAAUGAGUAGUAGAAAGUCAGGAAACUAGGUAUAUAUGUGUGGAUAUAUAUAUUUUAUAUAUAUAUCAUAUAUAUAUUUUAUAUAUAUAUCAUAUAUAUGAUAUAUAUAUAUUUUAUAUAUAUCAUAUAUAUAUCAUAUAUAUGAUAUAUAUAUAUUUUAUAUAUAUCAUAUAUAUAUAUGAGAUAAUCAGUCAGUCGGUAACCAAAUGCUAGAGAGUGACCAUUAACCUAAGCCUGUUUUUAUAAUGAAAAAAUGUGUUAACUUUAAAAUAUGCCAACCUCCUUGUGUCUUUUAAACAAGUCAGAGUGGAAAUACAUUGUCCCCUAAGGUGUGGGGAGAGGAAGCUUUAUAAUAAAAUUAGUGAUUCUGCAGAAACUUGUGCACUGGAUAUCUUGAGAAUAUGAAUAUAAAACUCCCUAAAUUAAAAAUAGUGUUAAUAGAAAUUACCAGUAUUUAAAUAGGGAAAAAUGAUUUCAUGUUUAUUUAGGUUUUAUUUCUUUGGUCAUCUUAAUGCAAAAUGAAUAAAGCAUAGAAUCUGGGUUUGGUGUUUUGUUUUUUGUCUGUUUUUAAAAUUCUACAGGAUUAUUACUAGAAGGCAAAAAAAUGCUGUUUAGAAUGGAAAGAAAUUUGAAGAAAGAAAGCAGACUGAGACACUCAAGACACCUGCAAGUUAUCUAAGAAGAUCUAGAUAGAAUUACUAAAUUUUAUAGUUUGCUUAGAGCAUUUAGAAGGAGAUAAAGAUCUUACAUACUAUAGUGUAUUGUCUCUGGUCUCUAUACUCUUUUUAAAUGUCAAUGUAAACAGCAUCUGAACUGCUAAUAAAUCUUUUAAGAUACCCAGAAAAAUGAGCAUUUUUAGAAUUUCAGUAGCUAAUAAUUCAGGAAAGGAAAUAUUUUAACUGAAUGGACAGAAUCAGUCCUAACAUUUGUAUGUAUGUCCUUUAUUUGAAUUGGAACUAGGCUCAUAAGCGGUUAAUUUUCCAUUAGUUGAUGUAGAAAUCUGGUUUCUCCAUAAUAUUUACAAGUGAAGAUGAAGAUUACUUCUCAGAAAGUAUCCAUAUUUCCAGUGUUUCUUUUAAUAAAGUAUGCCACUUUUAAAUAAAUAAUUACAAAAAGUAAAAUUAUAAAAUUUUUAAAUUUAAAUAAUAAGUAACAGUAAAAUUUUUUGACAAUAUAUAUGUCACUGUUUUUGUAAUUUAAACAUAUUGCUGCCUGGGAUAUGGGUAACAGACUUAUCACUCAUGGAACUUUGUAGUAGUGAUGGCUUGGUUUGUAGUUUAUCAUUUCAUCUUUCUUGGUCUUAAUUAAUCCUGAAAUCCUUAAAAUGGCUGGCAUGGUUAUGACUUUAUUAUGGUAACCUUGGAGAUGUAAGCCCUCUUACGAUCAAAAACAGAAGAAAAAAAUAUAUUGUUCAAACUGAUGCCAGGCCUACCUUCAUUCCCUCCCUUAAUUACUUUUUUUCUCAUUCAGCUCAGAUCAUCCUGCACUUGAAAAAUGAAGUUUUACCACCAUCAAAACUAUCAUUAUUUAACAACAAGUGAAGAUCAGCAGAAAAAUUCAAGUAGCUUUGCAAAUACUAGUUGAUACUCAGUGAAAUCACGUCACUAUUUUGAUACCUGAAUCCAUCCCUUGUGAUUUAUGUUUAAUUACAGAAGCCUAUUGCCUUGCAGCAAUUUUGUUGUUAUAAUACUGAUUAAUUGGUUAUUCCUUCUUAUUAUAACUCAGUAAUACCUGUGGUCGUUUGGUUCCUCUAUCCUGACAAAGUUCACUGGAAAUUGCCCUCAGAUUUUAUAAACUGGGGGAUUUCUUAAUUAGAUGAAAGUUCACUAUUGAAGAUGGAAUAUUAUAUAAGAUGGAGGAAGGGUAAUUAAUACACAUGAGAUACAGAAAUACUUUGUUAGCCCUCCUAUAGAUUGCCUAGUGUAGUCUUUCUGUGCAUUUCAAUACUCUGUAUUAGGAAAUUAUAACUUCAGCACUUUUGAUAGCAAAAAUCGGCAUCUUUCAAUUCUGUAUAGUAUGUGGCUAUCCUGUAAAUGAUAAUAUGUGUACAGACUGAGAAGGCAGGUAUAUAAAGAAAUUGAAAUCUCUCAUUGGCGGUAUACUCUUAAAGCAUGCUUGAUGCCUUGUCAGCAUCAUUGCCCACAUUGACUCUGUAUUUACAUCUGUAUAUACACUAUGAUUAGAAAAUAUGCAAGAAAUUGUUUUUCCAUGUUAAGAACAAAUGCCGUUAGAAGAUGUCCCCUUAAUUGUAUUGUCAGAAUGUUACUAUGUCAAGGAUGACUGUUCUGUUAACCUAAUUUUGUGUUUUCACAUGGAAAUGUGAUUGGACUCCAUUUUUCUGUGAGUUGAGAGUAAGAGCAUAAGUCAGUUUGAAAGCAUUUACAAGUUUGUUUUCGAAUGUAGUGUAAUGCUUAUAUUUGUGCAGGAGAUUGCCACAAAGCAGUAGAAAGACACUGGUUUCUAAGGGCUGAAAUGUGCUCUACUUCUUGACUUGUUUUUUCCAUGUUGUAGACAAAUGACAUCAUGCCUUAGAUUGAUGUAGGGUUUAGGUCCUCUGUAAUACUUUGAGUUAGUCUUAUUCUGAUUUUUUUUCUUCUGGAAACCAAGUAGAAUUAGGGAUGGGAACACAAAUGCAUUUAUUCUGGCUCCUGUUUUAUUCCAAGAAGCUUCUUGGAACAAAUCAGUAGGAAUUGAAAAGAAAGCAUGACCAACCCAAUUACAGGGGAUAAAAUGUAAGCUUGUUAAAGUAAGCACCACACCAUGUUUCUGUCUCCCCAGCACCCAGCACAGUGCUGUGAACCUUGGCAGAUGCUAGAUAAAUGUGUGUUGAAUGAAUGUGCCUAUGAAGCCACAAAGAUGCCACAUGUUAGUAUAUCAGUGAGAGGUGACUCCACAGUGCUCCCUGGAGAAGCAAUAUAAGUGACUGAAGAGUGGGGCCUUUCGCUUUUGCCUGGAUAUAGGGGUGCUCUUCUACUGUAAUUGGGCGUGGAAAAACGCUGGCUUUAUGGUAUUCCAUUAGGUUCUUUUCAUUUAAAGUAGACUUAAAAUCAAAGUAUCCAAUAUUUUAAAGCCACAAAGUAGAUUACAUAAUUAGCAGAGAUUUUAGUCAGUAAAAUGUUAGAAAUCAAACUAUAAGAAAAUUCAAGCGCUUUAUUUUGUGUCUUGGGUAUAUGUCAUUAUUUUAAAUUCCAUACUCCCUUAUUUAAUCACUUUGGUAAGUGCCUUCGAUGUUUUGAAGUGUAUAGUGGGAGAUGAGCAAAUGUGAAUGUCGUGUGCCCUGUUCCCUAGCUUCUCAAUUCCUCAUAACCAUUCUUACCAGUGUUGCAAAGUUUAGACCUUUGUGUGAAUAUCAGAAAUGUAUUUGUAGCCCCUCCAUAGUGAACAGUGAAAUAAACUAUUUCAUAGAAAACAAAAA